UAACCUAAUCAGGACUACUUACUGUUUCUUCAUACGACCUUCCGUUGCUGCCCUAGAUUGUCAGCUUAAGUUGGACAGUUUGGAGUUGAAGUUCUCCACUCUUACUUGCUCCGUUGUGGACCGGGUGGGUACCUGUUACACGGACGUUUGGCUCCUUGAAUACCAUGAAUGAUCGAGGUCAGAGGUACGUGAAGCAGACGAGUUCGUCACUACCACUCCAACCCAUGAAGGUGCUCGAGUCUGCGCUGGCACCGCGUUACACCUAAUGACAGGAAACAUCACAGGACUGCCGCUGUAAUUCCAUCCAUAGGAUGCCUUCCUGUGAACAUGCUAAGACCUCCGUUUCAAUCAACUAAAAUGCAGGAACUUUUUCUGUCUUCAUGUGUUAUGCACGGAAAUAUGUCAGGAACGAUGAUUGCCUCAACUAAUGUGGAUGCAUACUCCUGUGGUUAAUUCCUGGAGGGUGUAACAUCGUUGUAGACAGUGGACUAUAUCCUCUGGACAUGGGAUAACCCUAAAAUGUAGACUAAUGUCAAGAGAAUAUGGUCAAGAAACACGUCUCACUCACGCGCAUCGAGACGGCCAUCUGAAGCAAUACUUUGACUCGGAUUGACGACGGCUGUUCACCUGUCGCUCCAAACCAGAUUGGUUGAGAGGAGUACUGUGCCAACAGCAACUGGCUUCGCACGGAAUACCUCUUUGUGGCCACCACCGUCGCGGAUGUUCUCUUUGGGUGACUCAAAUGACUGGGGGUCACUUCAUGCUCUGAGAAGAAUACGGACAAAUACGGAAAUUGUAUAACUUUUUUCAUGAUAGCUGGACAGGGCAAACUCAUGUCUCAAGCGAUGCGGUCCCUGCUCUCGGCGCUGCUCCUAAUAUGUUUCCAGACUUUAUUGGUAGUUUGCAGCCCUCUUCAGGUGCUCGCCAUUGACAACUUCAACUUCAGUGUGCACGUGGAGAACCAGACACGUCUGCGGGACGCCAUGAGCCGAACGUACCACAGACUCUACCAGCUGUAUAGUAGGACCAGCGGCAAACACGUCCAGGUUCUGGGGAAGAGGAUCAGCGCCAACGGAGACGACGGAGACAAAUAUGCCCAGCUUAUUGUGGAAGCUGACACCUUUGGGAGUCAAGUCAGAAUCCGCGGGAAGGAGACCAACUUCUACCUGUGCAUGAACCGCAGAGGGAAGCUGAUUGGCAAGGCAAGUCAAAGUAAAGAUUGCGUCUUUAUUGAGAAGAUUCUGGAGAACAAUUACACAGCACUGAUGUCAGCACGGUACAGCGGCUGGUACGUGGGGUUCACCAAGAAGGGGAGACCUCGGCGUGGUCCCCAAACACUGCCCAACCAGCAGGACGUGCACUUCAUGAAGCGCCCCCCGCCAUGGCAGGGCCCACCGGACACAGUCACCUGCCGCUUUACCACGGUCAACAAGAAGGCCAACACAGAUCAGGAGACAAGGCCCAGCUAGAGGGCUUCUGUUACAUCCACAAGACUGAAACUUUGUUUCUGGGCAAGCGAAUGCAAUAUAUUAAUGUAAAAUGACUGUAAUCGAGAUGGAUAAGGCAGACUUCCGCAGCUUUAAGACUUUCAACAAUGAUUGACUUUUUUCAUACUGCAGACUAAGACCCACUGUGUCUGCUACCACCUUUCCCAAGACAAAGACCCCCAGGACCACAAGUUGAUGCAGCUUGGGAGAACAUUCUGAUCGGUUAACUGCUUCUUUUCUGGGACAUAUACGCUCUCUGUAGGCACUUAACUGAUAUCUAUGACCACUGAGUACCCUUGACAUACACUACUUUAUUUUGUUGACCAAUCAUCAGUUGUAGAUCACCAAUACAGUUUUAUAGAAAGUAAGUGGACAACUAUAUCUGAUCACAAAUAUUUACUCUCAAGUUUGAGUCUACUGACCCACGGCACAUCUUAUAAAUGUUAAGGCGCUUCAGUCGAAUUAUCAAAAUCUGACACUUAUUUGAACAACUGAAGGGGGGGGGAGGGGAUCAAGGAGUAGUGCACUGUACUGGUGACUUAAAGUUCUGACGUUUGCAAAUGGCAACUACAUUACC